AUGUCCAAGUCUAAGUCCGUUGUCAAGAAGGGCGCCGAGACCGCCGGAAAGCUCGCCGACAAGGCCUUGAGCAAGGUCAAGGAUGCUGGAGUCACCAAGGCUUCCCAGUCUCCCAAGGCCAAGAGCAAGAAGGUCGCCCAAGAGAUCGCUUCCAAGGAGAAGAAGUCCAAGGGCAAGAAGAAGGAGCCUACUCCUAGCAGCAGCUCCGAGUCUGAAUCUGAAUCCGAGUCUGAGUCUUCCAGCUCCAGCUCCAGCGAGGAUGAGAAGCCGGCCAAGAAGGAGGUGAAGAAGGACAACAAGAAGGUGACCAAGAAGGCUGAAUCGUCUUCCGAGUCCGAGUCCGACUCCAGCGACAGCGACGAGGAGAUGAAGGAUGCCUCCAGCAGCGAGAGUGAGAGCGAGAGUGAGGAGGAGAAGCCUGCUAAGAAGGCCAAGGCUGAGCCCAAGGCCGCCAAGAAGGCCGAGUCCAGCGAGUCCGAGUCCUCUGACUCUGACAAUGAGUCUUCUGAGGAUGAGGAGGAGACCCCUAAGGCUGCCGCUGCUGAGUCGAGCGACAGCGAUGAGUCCGACUCCUCCGAGAGCGAGGAUGAAGCCCCCGCCAAGGCUAAGAAGGCCGACACCAAGGCCUCCAAGGAGGAGUCUGGCUCCGACUCUGACAGCUCCGAGGGCUCUUCUGACUCCGACAGCUCCGAGUCCGAGUCCGAGGAUAGCGACAAGCCCGCCGAAUCCAAGAAGCGCAAGGCCGAGGAAGAGCCCGAGGCCGCUUCCAAGAAGUCCAAGACUGAGGAGGGUGCUUCUGCUAACCUGUUUGUCGGCAACCUCUCCUGGAACGUCACCGAGGAGUGGCUCCAGCAAGAGUUCGAACAGUUCGGUGAGCUGUCCGCCCGUAUCAUGACUGAGCGCGAGACUGGUCGCUCUCGCGGAUUCGGUUACGUCGAGUUCACCGAUGCCGCUGAUGCUGCCAAGGCCUACGAGGCCAUGAAGGAACACGAAAUCGACGGCCGCAAGAUUAACCUCGACUACGCCACCGUUCGCCCCGCCAACAAGGACCAGGGCGGCUUCAAGGAGCGCGCUCAGACCCGUGCCCGCUCCUUCGGUGACCAGGCCAGCCCCGAGAGCGACACCCUCUUCGUUGGCAACCUGCCUUUCAGCGCCAACGAAGACUCCGUUCAUGAAGUCUUCGGUCCCCAGGGAACCGUCCUGGGUAUCCGUCUGCCCACCGACAUGGAAUCCGGCCGCCCCAAGGGAUUCGGUUACGUCCAGUACUCGUCCGUCGAUGAGGCCCGCAACGCCUACAACGAACUUCAGGGUGCCGAGAUUGACGGCCGUCCCAUCCGUCUGGACUUCAGCACUCCCCGCCAGAACAACGGAGGCGGCGGUGGUGGCCGUGGCGGUGGCCGUGGCGGUUUCGGUGGCCGUGGACGUGGCGGUCCUCGUGGUGGCGGUCGUGGAGGCCGUGGAGGCUUUGGCGGACGCGGCGGUGGUGCUGGCGGUCCCCCCAACCGUGCCCGUGGUGGUAUCCCUGAGUUCAAGGGUACCAAGAUGACCUUCUAG